ACUUAUAAAUUUUAUAGGAGGUCAAUUCACUUUAUGUUAUAAACUAACAGCUAAACGUACAAUUUGCUAUGUUAUGCGUUUGUAAAACAGAGAGAAUCUAUGCAGGUUUAGCGCACUCUUAAGUUAAAAAUUGUGGAAUUAUGAGCUAUUGAUUUUCUAAAACAAUGAUAACAAUAUACCAACAUAAUAGUUAAACCUCUUUACACUUGAAAGGGUUUUCAUACAUACACUGGUUAUAAAUUACUCUAUGAAACCUUUUAGUUCCACCGCUGAUCAAAUUACUUGGACACUAUAUUUUAAUGUAACUUUAGGCUGACGUUUUAAUGGAAUUCCUCAAAUUACACUUUUUUACACCAGAUCGAUGUAAAUUUUCAUAUGCUUUGACUGUCACAACGGUGCAUGAAACUAAAGUCCUAUCAAGUAGUGGAGGUGUUCAUGAUGAAAGAUCUAAUGAAGACGAAUCAUACAAAUAUUCCCAUCUAUAUUAUGCUGUUAAUAGGGAUUCCACAAAGUCCAAAUCUCAGUUGUGUUAUGUUGGCCAAGAUGUUACGAGUAUUCCAGAAAUACUGGGUAAAAUGUAUGGAUCCAAAGUCAAGUCUUUGGAUCUAAGCUUCAAUAGUUUGACUACACUAAAUCAUUCAGAACUAUUUCCGGAUUUAGAAGAGCUUGUUUUAGAUAACAAUAAUCUAGAUGAUACUAUUAAAUUACCUUAUUUACCACAUUUACAUAUACUCUCAAUGAAUAAUAAUAAAAUCACGGUUUUAGAAAACUUGGUCACCCAAAUAAAAUAUAGUAUGCCUUCUUUAAGAUUUCUCAGUUUGAUUGGAAACAAAGCUUGCCCAACACAGCUAAUAGAUUUUGAAAAAGACGAAAACGAUUAUAAAAGAUAUAGGUAUUUUGUUUUACAUUAUUUACCAGAACUGAGAUUUCUUGAUUCAAGACCAGUUACUAAUGAAGAACUAGAUACUGCAAUAACUAAAGGCGAAUUUACCAAAAUCAUACGCCCCUUUGGAAAUGAACCACUUCGAUUUGAUUGGAAAUUAUCUCUUGGAUCUCAAUCUCGUGCAGAUACUUCAAAUAUUUUCACUCCACUUGCUGUAUCACCAACACAAGAAAUACAUCAUCAAGCUGCAUAUGGCCGUCGUCGAUACCGUUAUGCUGGAAAACAUUCAGAAGGCAACCGUUUUAUUUUAAAUAGAGAUUUAUAAACAUUGAUUAUAACAUUAUAAUUAUUUCAACUUACAAGAUUAAUAAUAUAAUAAAUAUUAACAUAAAUAAUAUUAAGUUAUUGACUUUCAAGACAUUUAUAACCCCCCAAUAAUUAUUAUAUUUCUACAGAACUAUCUGUUUGCUGUCCCAUUAGAGUUAGUUAAUAAUAGUUUAUAUAAAAUGUUAGUGAACUAAAAAUCAAAUUUAUUAGAACUACAAAAACCGAAUUAUACUUUGUUUAUAGUUUAUAUUAUGUUACGUACAAUAAUUUUAAUAGUAUAAUAUUAUGGUUAUUUUUAUCUUUUAUUAUAUAUUUUUACACUAAGAAUUAUACAUGUAAUAAUUGAUCUGUAAUGUUUUUAUUUAUAUAUAUAUAAUAAAAUAUCUUAAUUUUAAAAGUA